UUAGGUUCCCUAAAUCUGAUAUAAUGGACGCUCAAAGUAGUGGCGGAUUCAGGGCCAAUCUAAGCGAAGACGAUGAGAAAAAAGAUAUACAAAAAACACCAGAGAAAGAUGUCUUCAGCGAAACAACACAUCGAAGUUCAGAGCGGCUUAGAACGAAGUCAGAACGACGUAAUUUGAAAUUACCAAGUCGUAGUGAAAUCUUGGAUAACAUUUAUGUGGAUAAAACAAUAAAGUAUGAGAGUAUAAGUUUGCAGCCAAAACGUUUGGUUAACGAUUUUGUCAAGGGAACGAACAGAUAUGUGGCUGAUAGGAACAACGUUUUUGAAAGUGAUGACAGUAUGUCUAGUUUUAUUGAAGAUUCAGAUGAAACACCUUCCAAGAAGUCUGAAAGAUCAAAUAAAAGAGGAAAGACUGUCAGAAGCAAAGGCAGGAGGUAUAGGGUGAAAAAGAAGAAAAUAAAGGAAAAAGAAUUGAGUUCAAAUGAUGAAAGUAGUUAUCUUAAGCUAGAUGAUGAAAUUGAAUCUGAUGAUGAGAAGAUUGAUGCUGAUUCUUCCAAUACAAGAACAAGAAGGAAAUCUAGAAGAUUAAGAUCAAUACAAUCAAGUUCUGAAGAAGAAGCUGAAAUCACUACCAACAGAGCUGGUGGCAAAACAAGGAUGAGAAAGAGUGAUAAAUGUGGUAGUAGUUCUGAGGAUGAUAUAUCCAUCAAGUUACAACCAAGUAAAAGGCAGGUUUCACACAGAUUUGAUUCAUCAGACAGUGAUAAUCAACCAAAUCGUAAGUUACCAAAGAGAGCAAAAAGUGCCAAGAAAGAAAAGGAAACAGUGCUCUUGGCAAGACUUAAUGCAAAAAGAAAUAAAGAGAAUGUUGAGCGAAAGAAUAUGAAGAUGAAUUUGGGCAAUACAAGCCAUGGUAGCAUGGUAAGAUUACUGCAUGAUGGUGAUACAUCAGAAGAAGAAAAUCUAUCUGUGAUUAAUUCUAGAGAUUUUGUAGAGUAUGAAUCUGAUGAAGAGUUUAUUGUAGAUGAUGAGCUUUACUCUGAUGCUGAUGAUAACGUGGCUGAAUUUUGUACAAAAUUUUAUAAUCUAGAAGACUACAAAAUGUCAAAGUUAACAGAAGAGAAAUCAAAUAAUUUUCACAGAAUUUGCAUUCCAGCUGAGUCAGAUGACAGUGCUGAUGAGACUGUUUUGGACUCAAUUGUGUUAGAAACAUGCAAGUCUAUCAGGGAAGGGGACAUUGAAAGUGUCAAGUCUGCACUGAAUGCAAAUCCUAUGGUUCUUCAUGAUCUUGGUCCAAAAAGACGUUCAUUGUUACAUGUUGCUAUUAUAUCCGGUUCAGCUGAAAUUACUGAACUUUUAUUGAGAGAAAAUGCUGAUAAACUUGCCAGAGAUACUUACUCUUUACAGCCUAUUUCCUAUGGUAUACUUACUGGUCAUAGCAACUGUCUUAAACUGCUAUUGGAAGAUACAGAUUUACAUGAAUUGAACAAGUUAUAUGAGGAUAAUUUCAACUUUAAUUUGUUACACUUUGUUGUAUAUGGAAAGAGUAAGUUUCCAGACUUGAACUGUGAUGUGGCUGGAGAUGGGGAUUUGGUUCGUUGUAUGAAGAUAUUAUCUGAACAUGAUGAAAAGUUACUUUUCAAGUUAAUGAGCAGAAAAGAUGAUCACGGUUUUACCCCUCUUGUGGCUGCUGUUCUUGCUGGCCAUCCUCAGUGUGCUGAGUUUUUGUUACAUAAUGGUUCCUCAGUGGAUGAUGUUGAAGGCAGAAAUGGAGGAAACUUUCUACACCUUGUUGUUCAGUCCUCUGAGCUAAAAGAAAGGAGAUCUUGUUUUCUUAAUAUGUUGUUAGAGACAACUUUGAAAUAUGAAAUUGAUUUUGCUGAUAAUUCAGGUUUUACACCAUUGAUGUAUGCUGCUCAGAGUGGUGAUCAUGACUGUGUCAAAGCAUUGCUGGAAACAGGAGCCUCACUUUCAUGUAAAGACCAUCAUGGUACUACCAGUCUUCAUCUGGCUGCCAUUAGUGGUGACACAAACACUGUACAAUUAUUGCUCCAGUAUGGUCAUCAAGUUGACUGUUUAGACUCGUCUGGGUGGCCUCCAUUGCUGUAUGCAAAUUUUGCUGCCCAAGAGAGCUGUGUUCUGUCUCUCAUGGAGCCAAAUCCUAAACAAAUUUUUGUCCUGGGAGAUUUAUUGAGGAGACAAACAUCAGGAGCUGGCAAAGAGAGAAAUUUUAAGGUGGUUAGAGAUGUUCUUAUUGCCCUGGCUAACCAAGAUGCUUACUACCGGGUUUUUAAUGACUUUAUUCGCCGUAAUCCAGACUUUCUUGACCAGUAUGACCGUGGAUUGUUUCAAAAGACGUGGAGAGCCUUGUUGGAUUAUGACAAUAAGUUGAAAUGGUUUCAACGAAAGUUGAAAACUACCAGAAAAAAUUAUCCUGAAAGUAUUUCAGUAUGUGUCGACCGGGAAGCCGUCUUCGAAAGUGCCAUGAAGGUUCUAAACUCGUACAGCGGUAAUCGUUUGAGAAACUGUAGUCUUCACGUCAGGUUUAAUAAUGAAGAAGGAAUGUGUACGGGUCCAAAAAGAGAGUUCUUUGUGAACAUCAGCAAGGACAUUGUUAAUUCCUGCCAUCAAAUAUUUCACCUGACAGAUGAUAACCAGUACAGUUUUCUUCCUAAUUCGUAUUUGGCUGAGAGAUCAAAGAGUGAAGAUAUACCCUCUGGUCGACGUAGCGAUACAAAUAUAACUACGGUGAUCAAUGGAUCCCAAGGUAUAGUUGAGGACGUUACAGUAUCUCUCAGUAGUAGAAAUGCAGGCCAAUCAAGUGGAUCACAAGAUAUGAGUGAGGACCUCGGAGGAUCCAACGAACAAUCGUGUACUGCGGAGACAAUGGUAGAAGCAGAACAAGAUUCCAUCGAGGUUCCUUCUUGUCCCUGGUCAGAAUAUAUGGAUGAAAAGGGAGACGAAAUCAUUGGUCAGUUAGACAUAAGCGAUAUUGAAGAUAAGAUGAAGGAAGAUAAGAAGAGAGAAUUUAGCAGACAUAUUGAUGAAAAACUGAAAAAGAAUUUUUCACAAAUAAAAUUCCUGGGGAAAAUAAUUGGAACAGCAAUCUGUGAAGGUUUUUUUAUUAAUUUGAAUUUGUGCAAACCCAUCGUGAAACAGAUUCUUGGUGUUCAAUUAAGUCAUCCUGACGACCUCAGUUCAUUUGAUUUUGAACUUCAUAAAAACUUAGUAACAUUUGUUCUUGAAAGUGAUGACGUUGAAGACCUAAUGUUACCAUGUACUCUUGAUGUAUCGAAUCCCUGGAAUGGACGAGUAACAACGUUGGAUUUGUUCCCGAAGGAAAGGAAUGAGGAAUUCUUGAAUGAAACAAACAAGGUUGAAUAUGUUAACUUGGUUUCUCGGUAUAAACUGACAGAUUUGAUGAAGAAAGAAAUAGACGCAUUAUGUGAAGGUCUUUUUGAGGUGAUACCAAUGCCACUCUUCAGCCUGUUUACUGCUGACGAGUUUUCACUGUUGAUCAACGGAAUUGGGAGAAUUAUUGUUGAAGAUUGGCAGGAAAACACUGUGUACACGCCAAGCAACGCAUCAAGCAUUUUCGACGAAAUAAAAUGGUUCUGGGAAGUUGUGAAGGAUUUGAAGGAAGAGGAGAGAGCGUUGUUGCUGAAAUUUAGCACUGGAUCACCCUGUCUGCCAGCCGGAGGAUUUGCUCAGUUGGAGGGUCUUGGUGGUAAAACGAUGUUUCAUAUUACAAUGAAGUCGGAAUACAACAAGAUCCCAACAGCUUCAACCUGUUUUAAUCUACUAAAGCUUCCAAAAUAUGAUAGUAAAAAAGACUUGAAAGAAAAGUUAUUAAUUGCUAUAAGACACGGAACUGAAGGAUUUACUUUCUCAUAAAUA